UUCCAGGGUGGUCUAUGGACAAUGAACAUGCAUGUCUGCGACGGCCUGAUGACCAUGGACGUGAUGCUGUGUACGGCCUCCAUAUUCAACCUCUGCUCCAUCAGCAUCGACAGGUUAUCGACCUUUAACUCUCUGUUAAUAAUAAUAAUAAUAUGCCAUUUAGCAGACGCUUUUAUCCAAAGCGACUUAUAGUCGUGAUUUUUGAGCUAGGUCAAGGUCAAAUUCACUAAAAUAAUCUAUGGAUUCCAAUUAACUUUCCUACCCUGUGUCCGAAUGUUUGAGCCAUUGAAUACCAAUACUAACAUGUUCUCUCCCAAAACACUUUGCUGGGAGUUGUGCUGGCAGCUUUAGCAGUACAAGGGAGGAGACCCCUGCUGCUUUCGCUAUCAGCCCAAGUCAAAGGUCAUAGUGUCUCCUCCACUAGAUCAGAUUAGGAAAAUAACCACAUCUCCAGCAAUGACCUGUCAUCUCUCUCUUCCCCCCUCCUCCCUGAAAGCAAUCAGUCUUAACGGAAAGCACAAAUGAAGCAGAGAGAAAAAAAACAUACAACCUCAGGAUAAAAUAUGUUUCCAUCUUGAUAAACUGCCAGCAUUGAGAUGGGAUCAUUAGCUGAUAUGAUUAUCCUUUUCUUUGCUCACUGUUGCAUAGCCUCUCACUGACAUGCAGAUAUAUAGGGGCCUGUUGAAGUAUUUGUUGCCUCUGUGUUGCCUGUUGCCAAGAAAACAUUAGCAUUCACACAAAUGGGAAUAAUGGAAAAAAUGCAAUAAAUGAAAGCUCAACAGUUUCCCGUGUGUAUCAAGAAUGGUCCACCACCCAAAGGACAUCCAGCCAACUUGAUACAAAUGUGGGAAGCAUUGGAGUCAACAUGGGCCAGCAUCCCUGUGGAACACUUGACACCUUGUAGAGUCCAUGUACCGAGGAAUUGAAGCUGUUCUGAGGGAAAUAUGGGGUGCAACUCAAUGUUAGGAAGGUGUUCCUAAUGUUUUGUGCACUCAGUGUACAUGGUGUAUUUGUGUCAAAUGUAAUGUACUAGAACACGUGUGUCAAAUUCAUUACAUGGAAGGCUAAGUGUCUGUUUUCUGUCCUCCCUUGUUCUUGAUUGAUGAGUUAAGGUCACUGAUUAGUUAAAAACUCCCCUCACCUGGUUGUAUAGGUCUUAAUUGGACACAAAUUGAAAGGAAAAAACAAACAGCAGACACUCGGCCCUCCAUGGAAUGAGUUUGACACACCUGUACUAUACUGAACAAAAAUAUGAACGCAACAUGAAUUUAGCAGUACGUCCAACUAGCCUCACAAUCGCAGACCACGUGUAACCACGCCAGCCCAUGACCUACACAUCCGGCUUCUUCACCUGCGGGAUCGUCUGAGACCAGCCACCCGGACAGCUGAUGAAAGGAGUAUUUCUGUCUGUAAUAAAGUGGGUGAGCCUAUGCCCUCCCAGGCCCACCCAUGUCUGCGCCCCUGCUCAGUCAUGUGAAAUCCAAAGAUUAGGGCCUAAUGAAUUUAUUUCAAUUGACUGAUUUCCUUCUAUGAACUGUAACUCAGUAAAAUCUUUGACAUUUUUGCAUGUUGCGUUUAUAUUUUUGUUUAGUAUAUAAUGAUAGCUCGAAGUAAAUCAUUAAUUUAAUUCAUAAAUAUCUCUCUUCUACAAAGAGAAUACAGCUCCUCUCAAUCUUUUCUCUGCUUGAUGUGAUUCAUUCAGGUUCAUUGCUGUCUCCAUUCCACUCAACUACAAUGUUAAGCAUGUUGAUCAGAGACAGAUCUUCCUGCUCUCUGCCACGUGGAUCCUGGCCUUGGCAGUGGCCUCACCCGUCAUGUUCGGCAUCCAAAACGUCCCCCAGCGGGACCCUACAGAGUGUAAACUGGAGGACGACAACUUCGUGGUCUACUCCUCCGUCUGCUCUUUCUUCAUCCCCUGUCCCAUCAUGCUCCUUCUCUACUGCGGCAUGUUCCGGGGCUUGAGGAGGUGGGAGGAGGCACGCAAGGCCAAGCUGAGGAGCAGCAUCCAGGCCUGUAGGAAGUUCCAGGACGCAACUGCCUCCAUGCCCCCGCUGGACUCCCUGCCUCCUCCUCUACCCCCCAUUAUCAAGAGGGAGGAGCUCACAGACAUGAAGCCAGAGCUAAAGGAGAUUAAUCUGGAAGAGCUGGACCCUUACCCUCCAGAGUCUCCAGACGGCCCCUAUAAUAACUCCUCACCAGACACUCCAGACCGCCCCUAUAACAACUCCUUAACAUCUCCAGAGUACAAGGACGGCCCCGUGCCCACGGUGGUGGCCUACUCUAACAUUAGGUACAACCUCCACCCCCAAACUGGCCCUCACAAGAAGAAGAGGGCCAAGAUUAAUGGCCGAGAGAGGAAGGCCAUGAAGGUGCUUCCUGUCGUUGUG